CGAACUUAGAAUUUCCUCAACUUGGGUAUCUACACGUCUAGCUUCAUUUAUGUUGAUAUCUUUACUCGCGCGAACAUCACAGUUCAAGUCACGACCUUUGGUUGCUUGUCAAUCAUUUUUUGAAACGGUCGGUUGGGUGCUGCGGAUUGGUCAAUUUAAAAGCCAAUCAUACGAAUUUCCCGCAUAAAUGGCCAUAGUAUCCGGAUAUGACCUAAAGAUCGCAACAUGAAAUGCUGGGUCUUCUGAACAGGAGUAGGCGAUGGCUACCGGGCGUUCUCGCUGGCAUUGGCUUGGCAAUCCAUGUGGCACCGCUGUGCUAUGGCGACUGGGAAUUCAUCUACUCGUUUGACGAUGGCGCCAACUUUGUCGAGAAUCCCAUGAUCCAAGCGCUGACGCUGCCCAACAUCGUCGCCAUGGCAACGACGGUCAAGAUCAACGUGUACGAGCCCUUGUCGUGGCUGCUCAAAGCUUUCGUACAUGGACUUGUGGGGAUGCAAUCCAAGUACGUUCGUAUGGUGUCGGUACUUGUGCAUUGGACGGCAUGCGGGAUCUUGGGAUGUGCUACCCACCGGCUCCUCGCUCCGUCUUUUGCUGAUCGCGCGUCCGUCACCAUUGCGGCCAGCCUCUCCGCCGUCCUCUUUGCCAUCCAUCCGGUGCACAUCGAAGUCCUCAUGUGGCCAUCUGCCCAGCCAUAUCCAUUGGCCAUGCUAUUUACAUCCAUCAUGUUCCUCUCCCAUCUCCACAAGCCAUGGUCGAUGGUUGGCACUGUGGCGUAUAUGUGCGCCGUCCUGAGCAAAAGCAUCGCCCUCUUCACACCCGUGGGCCUCGUCCUACUUGAUGUCGUCCGAGGCCAUCUACAGCUUUGUCCUCCAAAGAAUCUCUUGCCGUACUUCCGCAAGAUGAGUGUAUGUUUGGUAUUGUCCAUGGCCUUAGUCGCCACGACCUACGUCGCAAACCAACGUGGUGCUGGAACUGACGUCGAUACCAUUUCGCUUACCAUUCCCCAGCGACUGGCAAAGGUAUUUAUCGUCACUGUGUGGCCUAUUCAAGCGUGGUUAUGGCCCGUGAACCUUCGGCCCCAUUAUCAAAUUCCCGAUCCGACAGCAUUAACCUUGCCCACGAACCCGAACGUUGUAUUCUCCGUGUUGAUUGUUCUCGUAACUUUGGUCGCAGGACUUACCACUGGCUUGGCAACAACCCCAGCUUCCAACUGGACCUUGCUGGCCUCUACCCUGUACAUGCUGACGAUGGUGGUGCCAGUAUCUGGGCUCGUUCAACACGGGAUGGUGUCUCUAACUGCAGAUCGAUAUUCAUACUUUGCCACGUUGGUGUUCAUACCACUGCAAGCCCUGCUGUUGCAUCGCGUUGGACAAAGAUGGGCUACGGUUGUGGCUUUGACUGUGUUUGGGUUGUGGGGUAGCCUCUCCACCAAUCAACUGCAAGCGUGGCGGUCCGAAGAGGCGCUGUGGCUCCAUAGUCUUAUACAAGACCCAUCCGACUGGAGAUUGUUGGACCAACUCGCCGAAUAUUACCUCCACCAUGGCCGCAAUGCCGAUGCGGUGCCGCUCAUGGUGGAAUCCAUUUGGUUUGGUCCUACAUUAGGAUUCAAAGCCACAUUGUUUCAAGCCAAGCAGCGCAUGUUUCUAAACCGCGUCACCGACGGGUGUUCCAUGUACUCUGCGCUAUCCAACGAGAUGCCUCCCCACCCAGCGGUGCUAAAUAACUUGGCCGUGUGCGCACUCUACCGAGGGGAGGUUGAUACUGCCAGGUUCCUAUGGGAAACUGCGGUAGCUCUGGAAAAGCUAGGACUUUCCACUUUGGAAACCACUGGCGAAAGCGACGUUGGGACUAUUAUUCCAGCGCACAAUUUGCACCAACUUGACGCGUUCGCGGCGGGUAUGCGUGGGUUCCAAGCUCAGUUGAUGUGGUAG